AUGGAUGGCAAGGAAGAUGGUUUAAACAACCGAAACUCAAAUACGGAUACUUCUAAGGAUUUUCAGAUAGUGGAGUUGCGUGCCAUUGAAAAGGAACUUUUGGUACUGAGGGCACGAAGUGAAGCUUGGGAGUCAACCGUAGCGGAGGUAUUGGAAUGGAUCUCAGGUGCCUUAAGGGGAGAUCCCCUCCAUCUUCAACUCAUAGAACUUCUCCUCGAAGAGCUUGACGGAAACGGAGGAAUCGAGAGGGUCCUCACUGAGGAGAAAUUUUGUAAAUUCUGCGGCUCACCUCUUUUUAAAAUGCAUGAUAAGUUGCCAUAUUCAUCAUCGAGGUCUGCUUUUAGUGGAAGAGAAGCAAGUGUCUACGUUACCGGAAGCAACGCAGAUUUUGAACAGAAAUAUUCACACGUUUACACAACUUCCUUUACAUCGUCCUCGUUACCAGAGGGCAAACCCAAAUGGUCAGGAAGGGCAGAUUCACCGGAAUUCAAAAAUCCGUUUUAUAACCAGUGCAGGUGCUCGAGCAGUCCUCCACAAGGUAGACCAGAAGAUUCAUAUGGGCAAACGUAUGCCCAGAACCGUCGCCACGGAAGUUACUGGAACUCAGCGGAAAGGCAAAGCAGUUGCGUAUAUAGCAGCAACAGGGGUAGCCAAUCUGGUAGCUGUUAUAUGAAUUUUCCAGGCUAUCACAAUGUCUGGGGAGCACCUACUGAUAACAGUACGGCUUACGAGGCUUGUUCAACUUCGGAAACGUGGAGAAAUUACCCAAAUGAAUCUCGUUUUCACGUAUUUGAUAGUGGAAGCGACGAACAGCGUCCCAUAGAUUAUUUGUACAUCCGUGCAUCUGGAAGAAUAAUCCCUGUUGACCCAAGCGACCGCUGGCCCUUUUGUUAG